UAUGCUAAUAGCCUCGCCACUUUGCCCCGCCCACUUCCAGCCUCCCUUAAGAACGGGACACUUUCCGCAGCCCGAGAGCGCCACUCAGACCCAGCUUAGAUAACACUUGAUUUACCCCUAGGGCGCUUCAGUUUGGGAUUGUUGGUUUUUUCCCUUUGGGUAUUUAUUUUUCUAGACUUGGAAACACUAGAUUUCAUGUCAGCAGCAAGACCCAAAAACUGCCCAAAUUGUAACCUGUUAUUUUGUAGUCUCUUAUACUCCAAGGGAGAAGACUUUCCAUUUGCUAGUUUCCAUUGAAACACCAGUGGAGUGGUGUUUUUAGCCCAAAUGAAUUGGCAUCUUUCUAUGAAGGAGAAGUAAAAUUGGUAAAUAAUUACUUCAACAAUCAUGACAAAGAGAAGCUAGUAGGUUUGUUAGGGAAGUAAACGGGAUCUUGGUGUAUUUGCGUAGUUCUGGGUGUCUGAUGAGGGCCAUGUAGGAAAAGGAAAUGGUCCAGUGAUCGUCAAGUCAUGCUACUAGCACCAUGUCUACUCUGCAAAGAAGAGCCAACAGCCACUUGGGCAGCAGUCUGCACUUGUGGAAACUGCAGCUUCAGGAGCAGCAGCAGCAGCAGCCAGGAAAAGCUGUCAUUGCUCAGCCAACAUUUGUUUUUGACAAUAGAGAACACGCUUCUAAGAGACCCGCAGAAGACACCCUGUGUGGGGCUGCAGGACAUGGUCCUGUGAAGCAUUCCGAACAUCUUCUGAGACCUGCUGUUUUGCCGCCACCUCAAGUGCAGGGGUGCAAGAGAGUCAGAAGAACACCGGGCCACGAGGCCGUGGAAUCCUGCAAGACUAACAAAACAGCAGACCAUAAGGAAGGACAACCCUCUCUGAUUUUUGAAGGGAAUCCCUGCUUGCCAAAUGAAAAUUUACCAAGUGCCAAAAUCUCAGUCCAGUUGUCUCCUAACCAGCAUUUUGUAGGUGCUACAUCAGUAGGAUGUCAAGCAAAUGAAGAUAAGUGGUCUUUUAAAAGCUGCAAUUCUGAUUUCAUUUUUGGAGAAAAUAUGGUAGAAAGAGUUUCGGGUACUCAAAAACUCAAACAACCGCAACUUGAAAAUGAUUUAUAUACUAAGGAAAAGGCAUCUGAAUCCACUCUGAAAUUUACUAUCAACUCUCCAAAUUCAAAAACAGAUUCUACUAAAAAUAUAUCUCUAAUUGAGUCAGCUGCUGCUUUUUCUUCCAAUCCAACACCAAGAUGCUUGCUGGAGAAAAUCGAUGUCAUUACAGGGGAGGAGGCAGAACAUAAUGUCUUAAAGAUCAACUGCAAGCUUUUUAUAUUCAACAACACAACACAAUCCUGGACUGAAAGGGGCAGAGGAGCGUUGAGACUGAACGACACAGCGCGCAGUAAUUGUGGGACAUUACACUCGAGACUAAUUAUGCGCAACCAAGGCAGCCUGAGGCUGAUUCUCAAUAGCAAACUCUGGGCUCAAAUGGACAUACAAAGAGCAAACCAUAAAAGCUUACAAAUAACAGCUACUGACUUAGAAGACUACAGCAUCAAAAUCUUUUUAAUUCAGGCCAGUGCCAAAGACAUAGGAUAUCUGUACGCAGCAAUGCAUCAUCGGCUUGUUGCACUUCGAAGCUUCUCUAAACAGAGAGAAGUACAUCAAGGUGAAAAUCAGUCAGAACCAGCCCUCCAACAAGUAAACUGCGAUAGCUGUGAUGAGGAGGAGGAUUUCAUCAAAUCUCCUAAAAAUGGAUCAGAUUCUUCUAAGUGGACCCACCGACGAUCGGUUGCCUGCUCGUAAGUGCCCUCUCCUCUAAACAUGACAACAGCUGGUUGCCUUGGUGACGAUGCUAGACUGUCCUAAUUGAACGACAAAACCCUUUUCAUUCCUGAAGUUUUAUGUUUAAGAAACAUAUUAAGUUUCAAUUAAAUGGUUUCUUUUAUGUAGUCUAAUCAUUAUGAGAUUUUACAUUUUUAUUACUUUGGAGAAAAUGACAGAUUCAAAAGAAAUAUAAUGGUUUCAGAAGUUUGAAAUUCAAGAAAUUUAUUUAGGACUUGAUAAUUAAUUUGGACUACUCAUCACAUUGAUGGGUACAAUAGUUAAAAUGAUAAAUUACUGGAUUUGAUAAAUAUCUAAGCUAUUUAUUUUUUCAGUAAUACCUUGUCUGGCUAUAAAACAAAUCUUUCACAAACUUCCAAAAUCAAUUUUUGAAAAAGGGUUGAACUACACAACAGCAUUCCAUUAAAUCAUGUUUAUCUCCGGGUAAAUGUGUAUUUUCAUCUAUCCUUUGAUUUCCUUAUACGCUUAUAUAUUCAUGGUUUGACUUCCUUAGAGAACGUCCUUUCUUGUACUUGUAUCUGUUGCACUGUGAAAACUUCUGACACAUGGUUGGUAUCCAAGUUAUUGCAUGAAUUAAUAAAGGUCAUCGAUGUAUCAAAACAGCAAAUAUAAAAACAGUCAAAUAUG